ACUACAGCUGGGACUGGUCCACCCCACUAUCGUCCACACGCCUCUUCUUCGGCACCCGCUUCAACUUACGCCUCACUGCCGGCCUCUCACACGCGACCGCCCUCUCAAUCCCAUCUCCAUCACACGACAUCCCUCCCCCUCCCUCUCCCCCCGCCCCAGCCUGGCUCUCGCGAGGCCGCUUGACCAGCCGCUUGAUCAGCCGCUUGUUGGCGCUGCUGCCCACCUGGCUGCCCUCCUCAACGUCGAUCGGCGAUGAAGACGACAUGCCCACCAUGCCAUUAGCAUCAGCACUGACAGCAGCAGGUGCAGGUGCAGGUGCUGCUUCUGAUGUUGGCUGGUUCCGGGGAGAAGGUGGAGGGGACGACGCCAGAAAGUCGCCGAAGAUCUGAUCGAGAAUAUCCCUCUCUGGCGGCUCUUCUGGUGCACCAGCUGCGGGGCCCGUAGCAUCGCCGGCUGCUGCAGCUGCUGCUGGUGCUGCUGCUGGUGGGAGAGACGGUGAUGGAGGGGCCUGUGGGGGUGGUGCAGGGGUGUCUUCGGGGUCAUCGGAUGGGAAGAAGAAGUCGUUGAUGUCAAAUCCUAGGACGGGCGAGGCCGGAGCGUCCGCGGCAGGUGGCUCGGGUCGCUCGGACGACCGCCUGAGCUCGAGUGCCCGCUGAUCUCGCUCAUAGGCGGCCUCGUGACGCCUGAUCAACACACACACACACACACACACAGAGAGAGAGAGGCAGGUAGGUGUGAGAAUGAUUGCCCGUUGUUCAGUGCCACACCGUUUCCGGUCAGGCGCGAGGCUCUCCCACUGCUCCUGCAGGUUCCUCACCAACUCAUCUACCUGCAUCCAUGACAACAAACAGUCGAAGAAGACGUGAUAGGUCGCCACAGCAGGCAUGUGCGUGUGCGUUGGUGUUUGGCUCACCUCGGCGUACGGGCAUUCGCCUCGCUUGAAGACGAGCAUCUCAUCCACGAAACGACUCCUGGGCGACCGCACAGCCUCCCCAUUAGGAACACCCUCCUCGACCACACUGAACACACCACACAAAUCGACAUAUGACCAAUGUUGGCAGGUGUUACCAGGUAAGUCCGCUUUCUCACCGUUUCUUCUUCUUCCUGGCGGCGGCCUUCGGUCUCAGCGGCUUUGGCCCCGCCUUGCGCUUGGCCGCCCGCCGCACCCUCUCAGGCACCACAUCCACACGCCCACCACUGCUAUGCCCUGCCGCCGGAGCCGCCGCCUUAGCCGAACCAGCAGCAGCGGCCGGCUGCCCUUCAUCCACUGCCGCCUCCUCCCCGUCCCCAUUAUCGGGCCCCUGUGGUAGCUCCUGUUUGUCCAGUAUCUCCUUGAUGUCGGUCUCAUAGAGGACGAGGACCUUCUUGGCUAUCGACGGGUCGUUGUUGAGCGCCAUGGCGGCCUCGUACUUGGUGGUGCUCGUCACCGCCCGCCCGUCCUUGAGGUAGCUGCCCACCACCAGGUAAUCGGUGUUGCGCGUGACACUGCUCUGCACCUUGCCCCCGAGUGCCCUGACUGGCCUCUCCGCGUCCUUCCUCGUCAGCUUCUUCAGCUCGCCCGUGAAGACAAAGCUAGCUCCAGCAAAGGGGUACUCGCGUGUCGGGAGCUCGGGCUCCUUCUUGGGCUUCCUGGGACCCCUCCUUGCCUUGGCCUUGGCCUUGCCCUUGGCGCCCGCUGCUGUCCCAAAGCUCAGGGGAAUGCGGCGGGGACCACUCCCGCUGGUUUUCGCCCCUGGAUGUGGCUGCCUAUCGUCUUGUGGUGCGGCCUGGGGCGCAAGCUGGGCAGCGAGGGGCGCGUCGUCAUCCCAUAGCAGCGGGUCGGUGGUCCCCCUGGCAUUGUUGGCGUCAACAGCGUGGUCGCUGGAUGGCGUCACCAUGUCGAUUGGUGGAGGGGGAGGGGCAGACGCACGGGGAGGGAUGGGAGGAGGGGCAGGGGAGGGAGCGGGGCAGACCAUGCCCGCCGGGUGAUGCAGACAGGCGCGGCUGAUCAUUCCGAUGAUGUGGUGGCAGAUGCCGUACUCUAGAAACACGUGGCAGUCGCUGCACGCCUUGUCCACCAAAGCCAGCUCAUCGCCAUAGCGCAAGGCCGCACGCACUUCAUGAGAACGACCGCUGCUGCUCUUGGUGGAGCUGCAUCGGCUUGAUAGCACCCACUGCCUGCCGCCAUCCACCUCGUUGGUCGUGUUGCGAGCAGAGAGGUUGCUGAUGAGCUCCGGUUUCUUCAGUACGCCGGAGCGGACAGCCAUGAGGUUGUAGAAGGUCUGUGGGACGGUCGCUGACUCAUGCCGAAUCGGCGAAAGGUGUCCCAGGUCCUCUAACUCCUCCUCCUCCUCACGACAAAUCAAAGCCGCCACCUCCUCCUCAGUCACAGUGGCUCUGUGAUGCCAAUACGGCUCCUCCAAAUCAGUAUUCUGCGGUUCCAUCGUGAAUUCAUA